CUGAAAAUUCCAAACAUGGCUGGCUAUGGAGGCCUUUGUUUGCGAGGUUUACGUUUAUGGAUGAGAACAUCCCACAUAUACCGCGGCUGCAGCGGGAAAACCCCCGUACCCAAGACACCUGUAGAGGAAAAACCCCACCGGAAACUCCAGUCCACAAGCAGCUCAAAUGCCAACGAAGAUCCAUAUACCUUCAGGCGGAUUAGGAGAAUCUCCGUCUACAGUUUGGUGGUCGGCAGCCUCGUCGGUGCCGUGCUUUGGGCCGUCUACGAACUGGGAAAGCCAGAAAUGGAUCAGCAUGGUGUCCCCAUCGAAGAUCAGUUUAGUGGCUUGCCUUGGGUGCGGGAGUUCUUGGAGAGGAUGUGGCACUCCCUGCAGUACUAUCAGAAAAUGCUGGAAGAGCCACUGCCCGUGAAGCUGCUGCCGGACACACUCCCGCCGCCCUACAUCCAGCCACCGUACACCCUGGUCCUGGAGAUCAACGACAUUCUGGUGCAUCUGGACUGGACCUAUCAGACGGGCUGGCGCUUCAAGAAGCGUCCCGGCGUCGACUUCUUUCUGCGCAAGUGCAGCAAGUACUUUGAGAUCGUGGUCUACACCUCGGAGCAGGGCAUGAUCGCAUUUCCCCUGAUGGACGCCCUCGAUCCCUAUGGCUACAUCAGCUAUCGCCUGGUGCGCGGCGACACCGAGCUGGUGGAGGGGCAGCACGUGAAGAAACUCCAGAAUCUCAACAGGAAUCUGAGUCGCGUGGUGGUCGUGGACUGGGAUCGUAAUGCCACGCCCCAGCAUCCGAACAACACCUUUGUCAUGACCCGCUGGCUGGGCAACGACGACGAUGUGCAGCUCUUCGAUCUGACGGCGUUCCUGGAGCUCCUGGCCAGCAGAAAUAUCAACGAUGUGCGGGAGAUCCUCCAGUAUUACAACAAAUUCGAGGAUCCCAUUGCGCAGUUCAGGGAGAACCAGCGGAGGCUUCUGGAACGCGAGGACAAGACCACAGUCAAGACGGUUCAAACCCAACGACACUGGACGACCCGCCUUCUGGGACGAUAUAGAGGUACCGACAACUAGAAACGAUUCAAAAUUCAUGGAUGUUUUUCUUUUUCGUUCGUUAUCGAUAUGUGAAGUUAGACGAUUAAUGUUUCCAAACCUGAUGACACUGAUUCUUCGAUUCUAUUCUCUAGAACUUAUCGAUAAAUAUAUGACUGAUUUGCUAAUUGUAAAACUGAUAAUUAUC